GCUGGUGUUACUUUUGGUUAGAAUAAGUAUCUUCGUUUUGUACUAUGUGCACUACUUCUGGUGUGCCUAUAGGGCCACGCAACUAAGCUAGUUAAUAAGCAUUUUGAGUUUAGCUCAAUCCUUCUGAUCAAUAUUAUCUCCGACCAAUUUUCGGAUAAAUUUGUAAUUUUUUUCAUGAGCCGACUCGCAUCGUCUCAUGAAAAAAAUUUUCUGUUGUGGCAAUGCUGUGUAACAGUGAUGUUUAAACUUGGUUUAAUUAGCAACUCUAAACCAAUUCGGAAGAAAACACAUGUAAGAAACAUUGCAAAUAUUUAAUCAAAUAAAAACCUCAUUUGAACUUCGCUCGGUGUGGCAAAUUGGGUCAACCAAUGCGAAUCACCCUGUUCUUGACAACCUCCAAGGAAAUGACAACUCCGAGCAAACAACCCGGCGCAUUUCGAACAAGGUGCGGUGACAGUUCUUUUUCGUGCCAGCAGUCGUACGAGCAGGACGUACGCCGCCAAGUUUUUAGCAAGGCCAAGGAGAUUGAGGCAAACAAAGCCCACGUGGAACCUGAAAUUGAGAGCCGGAAAAGAGCCCCUGCAAAGGGGCUCUUUUCUUUCGUUCUUUCUCGGAGUUUCAACGGUGCAGAAAUGUGGACGAUGCCGCGUGGCAGGCGGAACAACAAACACCGUUUGUGGAAGGCAUUUCUGGAACCGUCAGGAUGUCCGGGGCCCUAUGAUCGACGACAGAAAACCAUCGGAACCAGGAUUUUCCGAAGUGUCGCGUGUUGCCCGGGAAUUUCAGCAACACAUCAAACGAGUGGAAUGUGCCAUCGAGUUCGGAUCAAUCCCAGGAACAUGGAGGAGCGGCUGCCAUCGAGUGGAAUCGAUGGGUGCCGCCGGGCAUGGAUGGUAGCGGCUACGACAACUGGUGAUGAGAUGCUGCAACGACCGUGGAGGAAAGUGACAAGGCGGCUGGGCCGUUCGUUCCGAAAACCACUUUCAUUUCUUUUGGUGGCGGAAACGAGGGUUGGUCACACGAUGACCGAAAUAUUCCGAGAGCGUUGUCGUUGUCGAGAAAACGCAGGCCACAUGUAAGUGAAUAAUCUUAGAAGUUACACUUUGUGAAAACAUUUGUCGACAGUGGGCCCUCGGUGGCAA